AUGACAUCAAUAUCUAUUCAAUUUCAAUUAAAUGAUCAACAGCCAGUUGUAGCAAAGUUACCGACACAAUUUACUCUGGAUGAUUUCAAGAGAGCCGCUGAUAAUGUUUAUAAUAAUGCAAGCUUCCUUUAUUCUUUUGUAUGUCAUGGAAAAGAAUUUGAUUUAAAUAAUGAAGACGAAUUCAAUAAGAAUAAAGCAUUAAUUACCUCUGAAACAACGAUUUUUACAAUAGAACACGUGAAAGCAUGUUUUUUACCGGAUACACUUGUUCAACGUGCCGAUCGAAGUGAAAUACGUAUUAGUGAUGUUCAAUUAGGUGAUGUUUUACUAGCAUUUACUACUUUUGGUGAGAUUGUUACUACGGUUGUUGAGGACUUGCUUAAGCAUGAGGUCGAUGAAUAUAUGGAAGUACUAUUAGGACAAAAUCGACUGCAUGUAACACGCGAACAUCCAUUUUUUGUUGGAAAUGGUAAUUUUUGUUCGCUUGACAAGUUACGUGGUUCUGAUUGUGUCUAUAGUUUGAUCGAUGGUAACCUUCAAUCAACAAUGAUUACGAGUAUAAAGACUAUUAAGGCGCCGACAACAUAUGUCUAUAAUUUACACACUGCUCAGCCACAUACCUAUUUUGCUAACAAAAUUGCUGUUCACAAUAAGCUUGGCAAAAAAUUUGUAGACCUACGUAAGAAUAACGGUCUUAAGCGAAUCGAAUGGAGUUCCAGUGCGCCUGAUUGGCGCAUCGCACGACCUGGCAUUUGUAUUGAAGGCAAAUGUAUUAAUAAAUCUUGUGUGGCACAUCAACAACUUGUGAUUAUUAAUAUUGGAAUAAAAGAAUUUAAUCUUCUCACUGAUUAUGAAAUAUCAAAAUGUCCUGAAUGUUUAACGUAUGUGGAGCCCAUAACGUGUGCUUUUAAUAAUUGUGUUUGGCGAUGGGAAGGUUUAAUACAGUCUGGAGGUGGCACAGAGCCGAGUAAGGUUUCAGGCGAUUGGAAGUAUGCAGACGAUGCUUACCAUCGUUUCGAAGAAAAUGUAAAUGAAGAAGUCACGUGGCUACGAUUAAUCCUUUAUGCAAAAGCCAAAUAAAGCAUUAUUAUCUCUUAUUGACUUUAUUCGAGAAUUUGAUGAACAAGUACUACUUCUUUUAGUGAACUGAAUUAUUGAUAAGUUCAAUAUAAUUCUUAUAAUACAACCGAUCAGAGUACAUUUUAAAAUGUGAUUAAGAGGUUUUUCAGCGAUCACUCGAUGCAUUGUAAUUGUCAUCUAUCUUUUUACGAGCUCUCUUCAUGGAGUGGACGAUGAUGAGUCGAUACUAAAAUCUUAAAUAUGAGUUAUAUAAUUAUUUUAAGAAACGGUAUACCGAUAUGAAAAAUUUUCGAAACAGUCCGAAAAUCAAUUAUUUUCAGACGUUACAUAUAUACAUUUAGACUUCGCACUCCUUCUUUACAUCCUAUAAUUUUUGAAAAAUAAUAGUGCAGUUUUUCUGUAUGGGCUCCGUACCGACCCUUACCCCAACCCCACUCUCACCCUUUUGAAAAAACUAUUCUAGAAGCAAAAGCGAAAGAAGUAUGUAUAAUCGAAGCACUUUUUUGUUGCUUGUUGAGAUGGAUAUCGUCAAGGGGGAAAAAGCGAUUUAUGAUUUAUUGAUUUAAAAUGAGUUUAAGUGAUUUUUUUGAUUUAAUUGAGUUUAGGUGAUUUUUUUGAUUUAAAAUGAGUUUAACUGAUUUUUUUGAUUUAAUUGAGUUUAAGUGAUUUUUUUGAUUUAAAAUGAGUUUAGCUGAUUUUUUUGACUCGAAACUAACUUAAAAUGAUUUAAAAAUCACAUAAAUCAGGCGUCGCGAAACGAUUUUACAGGAAUAUAGGACUACUAUUUUCUGUGCAGAUCUUAAGAGGUUAUAUUGAAUGAUGAUAGUCGUUUGUUAUUCAACUAGUUUACCACGCCAAUGGUGCCAUAAUCAGUCCAUUAGCUCACGUAGAAAAUGUAACACUUCAUGGACU